AUGGCGCGAUCGGUGGUAGCUCUACUCCUAAUCGCGGCCUCUCUUGUCUCCGGUGACCGGCAUGAUAAAUAUGAAGGUCACCAACUGUACCGUGUAGCGGGACCUUCACAAGAAAUUGGAGUAUUAGAAGCCCAUCUAGACAUCAUAUCGCUAACACCAGCAGCUCGUUCAUCGUCUGGACAACUUGAGGCCUUGGUCAGGCUAUCUCCAGAGGAUAAACAAAAAUGGCUGCAACACUUCAAUAAAAAGCAAAUAUCGUACACUAAGAUGGUCGAUAAUGUAGCAGAUAUUCUACGCGAUGAAGAAGCAAAAAAUAUAAGAGCAAAGUAUGACUCGAAACAAAAUGGCAGCUCAAUCUGGAACGCAUACCAUGGACAUGAAGAGAUAAACAAUUACCUGGACGAUCUAGCCAAGCAAUAUCCGGACCUAGUAACAGUUGUAAACGCAGCGCUGACUUACGAAGGUCGUCAGAUCAAAUACGCGAGGAUAUCUACAACACGAUUCGAAGACCCCAGGAAACGCGUAGUUGUCAUUGAUGCUGGCAUGCAUGCUCGUGAAUGGCUCCCAAUACCCGUGGCUCUAAACGUUAUCCAUCGGUUGGUGGUCGAUAUAGUGAAUAACCCCCAGAUACAGCUAUUGGACUGGGUGGUCAUUCCAUUAGUAAACCCCGAUGGCUACGAAUAUUCAAUUGCAGAGGAUCGCUUGUGGAGGAAAACACGCUCCAAGGCACGACCAAAUAACGACACGUGUCCAGGUGUCGAUGUUAAUCGCAACUUCGAUCACUAUUGGGGCACCAAACUUGACAAUGUUAUGCCGUGUUCUCUUACUUACGAGGGACCGUCUUCCUUCUCCGAACCAGAAACUCGCGUAAUAAGAGACGUGAUUAAGUCAAAUUUAAACCGAGCCGUACUAUACAUUUCGUUGCAUAGUUAUGGAAGUUUAAUAACUUAUCCCUGGCGAAACAAUGGUACUCUUCCUCCGAACGGUCUCCUCCUUAAUGUUGCCGCAUUAAAAAUGGCGACAGCAAUGGACGAACUUAUGAGUGUCACAAGAGAACCUUACACAAUUGGCAACGCCGCUUAUAUCCAGUACUUCACUACUGGAACUUCUACUGAUUGGACUCGGGCUGUUGGUGUUCCUUUCACUUUUAAUAUUGUACUGCCUGUUGACGGAUAUGUUUUCCCGCCAGAAAAUAUCGAACCUAUAUGUGACGAAGUUUGGGAAGCUAUUAUCGACGGAACCGAAUACAUUUUGUCUCUUUACUAA